CAGAGUUGGUUAGGCUCAUGUCGCGUGCCGCAUGCAAGUUUGUGUGAAAGUGGACUGUGCUGUGAUUUAAACCUCGAAAAUAAAGCAAACUGUCGAUGGGAAAAGAAAAGACAAAGAACAACAAAGGCGGCAAGCGGUUUAUUUAGGCUACUUUCCACCUGGAACAGACUUGUCCACGCGUAGGCAACCCGUGGUUUGUCCCAGACGUGUUGUAGCUUACACACUCCCACCACAGCAACCAGCGGUGUUUUUACAGACUUGGUUGGAGGACGGGGGAGAUAGACAGUCUCGGAUCUCUAGCAGCUAACAAAGAUACCGGCGUGCAAGGGUGAAACGUGGGCUUGCAUAGGUUCUACAUCCAGCAAGAUCACACUUGUCGGAGAAUAGUGUUCCAAAGGCAGUGGCCGUCCGGUGGUCAGCCUGCCCUGCCCAGCUGACGAGAUGCUGGGGGAUGACGAUCGCGAUUGGCUCUCCAGCGUCCACGCCCGGUCCAAGGACAAACCGGAUUGGCUGACAGGCACCACAGCCCCCCUGGAGAGGCCCGUCCCCUCCCCUACACACCAGGAAGUGAGGAGCGGCACGCGGCACCCGGCGGGCAGAGCGAAUGGUGUUCGUGAUGACCACUCUGCUAACGAUGACAAUGAAGACGACGACGACGAUGACGAUGAUGAUGAUGAUGACGAGCUACGGAAGCCUCACGGGGACAAACAGGGCAAGGCGAAGGCUUCUGAUUGGCUGUUCUCGGCAGGAGGGGGGUGCGGGGCGUGCGCGUGGCGUCGUGGGCGGGUCAACAGACUGCAGGCAGAGAACACUGAGCUGCGCGGACAGCUGGGGGAGCAGGGGAACAGAGGCAUGAUGGGUAAUGGGCGUGGCUUGGGGCUGGGGCUGGGCCAAUGGGAUGGCUUCCUGCAGGGUAGUGACGAGCGCGUGCGGUACUACACGGGGAUCCACUGCUACAGCCUCUUCACGGGACUACUGCAGCAUGUGCGCCCACACCUGCGCGACAACGACGACCUUCACACGUCCCCCAGACACCUGACCCCUAACGAUGGUGGUGCAGAGCGGGAGUCUCAGAUGAUCUCCAGCGAUGAUGACCACGGUGACCUCCACGUGACACCGGACGACGACCUUCAGGACAGCGGCCCCCACUCGCCCCGCUUGAAGCGCUCCCCCGUCCGCGAGCCCCACCGAACCCCAUCCCAAGACUCCACAGACCCCCAAAAACCAGAUGGCCUCUCCUGUCACUCCCCGUCGCCCUCUAAACGCCCCAAAACCCACCACGAGCCAGAGAACGGCGCCGAUGACGACCUUCACCCAGACUCCUCCCCACCGCCCCUCUCCAAGCGCCCCAAACCGAGCUCCCCACACCACACCAACAGUGACCAUCAGGGUCGUGAGCUCCCCAGCGGUGACCUGUCGGUGUUCCAGCGCGUCUUCCUGGCCCUGAGUCGUCUGCGUUUGGCGUUGCCCCUCCCCCACCUGUCCCACCUGCUGGGGCUUGAGGAGAGCAGCGAGGCGGUCACCAGCUUCAAGGAGACCAUGGGAGCGCUCUACGAUAGCCUCUUGCCACUGGUCUACUGGCCACACAGACAGUGUUUACUGGAUGGGGUCCCUCCGGAGUUUGUCGAGGCGCUGGGCUUGGGGGCGGGGCUUAAGCAGGACCAGGCGGUCGUCAUAGUGACGUGCGUGGAGGUGGCCAUUGAUAGGCCGAGCAGCAUGAAGGGGCGGGAACAGACCUACUCCGCUAAGAGGGCCGCCUACACCAUGAAAUACCUGCUGGCACUAACACCGCAAGGGGCUGUGGCAUUCGUAUCACGCGCUUACGGAGGCAGAAUGGCUGACCAACAGGUACUAGAGACCAGUGGCUUGCUAGAUCGUCUGCAGUGUGCUGACUGGGUUUUGGCCGCCAGAGGAUUCGACCUGGAGGAAGGGAGCCAAGACAUCAUGUGUGCCCAGGUGAGGACGUCUGCGUUCGGGAACUUGAGAAACCGUCGCCAGCUGGACGUGAAGAGUCGAGAGGAGAUGUUACCAAGACAACACCUGCAGCCUGCCCUGGAACAGGUGCUGGGCGCUCUACAAGGCUGGCUGCUACUGGAGGGAACGAUGCCCAUCAGUAUGCUGUUCCCAGGGGAGAAUGAUGACCCACCGCUACUGGAUAAGAUCGUCACCGUGUGCAGCGCCCUCGUCAAUAUGUGUCCAACAGUCACGGAAUACCCUGACCAGUGAAGUGUGUGUGUGUGUGUGUGUGUGUGUGUGUGUGUGUGUGUGUGUGUGUGUGUGUGUGUGUGUGUGUGUGUGUGUGUGUGUGUCUCGCAGUGCCGUGGUCAACAUGUGCCCAACUAUAGUGGAAUAUCCUGAGCAAUGACUGUCUGCCUGUUUGGUCCUGUCUAUCAGCAGGCUAACUCAAAUAAGUUAUACAUGGAUUCGGAUGAAAUUUUGGGUAGUUGUUUGAAAUGACAAAAGGAACAAGUGUAUACAUUUUGGUGGUGAUCCGGAUCACAACGCGGAUCCAGGAAGAAGAAAAAAAGAUUCUUCACCAUUAUGGGAUUGGGCGAAUUUUUGACAUUCCAGUUUCUAACUCCACAAAAACAAGGCAGAGCGCAAUUCUAAUGUCAUUUUCUCAUUUGCAAUUGGUGCAAUGAAUAAAGAAUACACCAAAACACAACACCAAAAGAUGUUGUGGCUAGGCUGACAGUGGGGCACAAGUGGAGGACAGGAGUGUGCAAAUUGGAAUGCACAUAGAAUGUGACUUCAGGAGGGAGGUUUCCUAACAUUCCACCCCACAAUCUGCUGAUUGGCCUCUGUUUCUGUUAGAUGAGGUUAGGUAAUGAAAUGGAACUUGUUUGACUUGCACCCCUUGUCCUUGGCUGAUGCCCCCUGGUGGCCUGGUCAAUAAUUAAUGUAGUGCACAUGUUUGAGUUUUUGUUAGUUUGUUUUUUUGUUGUUGUUUUAACCAUAUGACAUAAAGUUACCUCACAAGAUGCCUCUAGAUUUGUGUGGGUGUGUGUGUGUGUGUGUGUGUGUGUGUGUGUGUGUGUGUGUGUGUGUGUGUGUGUGUGUGUGUGUGUGUGUGUGUGUGUGUGUGUGUGUGUGUGUGUGGGUGUGUGUGUGUGUGUGUGCGUGUGCUCGUGCGCAUGCCUCCUACCUAGGAAUCCGUUUUCUCACACAGCAUUCUGUAAUUGUGUAUAUAUACGUGUACAUAUUUAUUUUUUACUCAGACAACCAUAUUUGUCUAGACACUGAAUGUAUUGAUGUAUUGAACAGGUGAAGAAUAAAUAUCAUGUUUGGGA